AUGAAGUCCAACGUCUUGGUCGUGGCCAGUGUCCUCUCGGGUAUGGCUCACGCCGCCGCCGUGAACACCACAACCUCUGCUGUUCCCAGCCCGACGGAGCCAUGCGCUGUUGCCAGCGCUGCAUAUGCGUCGCAGAUUGCCGCAUCCCCCUCGGCCACUCCCACAAUUGCUGCAGCCAUUGCUCAUGACUGCCUGCUCUCUGUGCCGCUGGGAAAGGAGGCGGCCAUCGAGCUCGUUGACUCCAUUGAGCCAUAUCUGGAAUGGCAAUCCGACUCGGGCUAUCUGGCAGACCCGCCGGAGGAUUACUUCUACCCGGCCUACGACAUGUUCGCCAAUCUGGCUACCAUCCGGUCUAAGCUCGAGAGUGACGGGUACGCCGGCGAGUAUGAGUUCCAGGCAGACCUGUACAACACUGUCUUCGGUCCAGCCCACGACGGUCACUUUGUGUACUACCCUGACCUCUUGACUCUCGUCUUCGAUUGGAACCGGCCCCUGUCGCUGGUGUCCAUCAGCGAGGACCAGUCCUCGCUGCCAGAGAUCAAGAUCUAUGAGGAGGUCAUCUCGUCUCCAAGCACCGCCUCAAGCGUGACCCUGAUCAAUGGGAUCGACGCAGCUACGUAUCUUGAAGACACCAUCAACCAGGCUGGUUGGAACCAGGACGUUGACUCUGCCUACAACUCGAUGUUCUUCGAGCUGUCUGCCCCUGCUGCGGGCCUGGGCGUGGGAUACUUCCAAGGCGGCGGCCGUAUCCGGUACAUCUACCACGGUGCCAGCACAAACAUCACCUUCGCCAACGGCACCGAGGUCACCCUGGAGAACUACGCUCGCAUCAAGGUGCCCCUGACUGGCAUCACAGACGGGGAGUCUAUGUAUGAGAAGUUUUGCAACCCCAACGGCUACGACAGCAGCGCGACCACCAGUUCUCCUACCAAUGGUACCUCGGCCGCCGCGGCGAGCGUCGCGGGCUAUCCCACGCCCGUGAUCAUCACCCAGGACGCCGUCGUCGCCGGAUUCUACCUCGACGGCGAGGGUUACGAGGACGUCGCAGUCAUCGUGCUCUUGGCCUUCGAGAGCGAGUCUCCAGCCGAGUUUCAGUCCGUGGCCUCGCAGUUCUUCGCGGAUGCCGUGGCCGCUGGUAAGACCAAGCUGGUCAUUGACUUCCAAGGAAAUGGCGGCGGCUACAUCCUGCAGGGAUACGACUUCUUCCGGCAGCUGUUCCCCAGCGUACAGGAGGACGGGUUCUCGCGCUGGAAGGCCAGCGACUCGUUCCUGGCCAUCUCUGACGUCGUCUCCGACCUCGCCGCCAAGGUUGACCCGUACACAUCCGACGACGCGGACCUGAUCAGUUUCUACGAGAGCUGGUUCAACUGGCGCUACGAUCUCAACCUCACCCUUGACCCGUUCCAGUCCUUCGAGGACAAGUUCGGCCCCGUUGUAUACCAGGACACGAACUACACCGAGAUCAUGCGGUGGAACCUCAACGACAACCUCACCACGACGAAUCAGACCUUCGGCCUCGGCAUCGAGAUCGCAGGCUACGGCACCCUGGCCAACCUCACGCAGCCCUUCGCGGCCGAGAACAUAAUCAUGCUGUACGACGGCGUCUGCGCCAGCACCUGCACCCUCGCGUCGGAGAUGCUCCGCAUCCAGGGCGGCGUCAAGUCCGUCGCCAUGGGCGGGCGCCCGCAGGAGGGCCCCAUCCAGGGCGUCGGCGGCGUCAAGGGCGCCCAGGUCCUGGACUGGAGCACCGUGCUGUCCUACAACCAGUACGCGCUGCAGUUCGGCGCCAACAUCACCGACGCCGGCCAGAAGGCCGCCCUGUCGCGCUACACGGACCUCGCCGUCAACCGCAGCACCGCGGCCGCCAUCAACGGGCGCGACCAGAUCCUGCGCGACAACGUCGAGGACGGCGUCCCCGCGCAGUUCAUUGCUGAGGAGGCCGACUGCAGGCUGUACUGGACCCUGCCCAUGGUCACGGACAUCACGGCGGUGUGGAAGGCCGUCGCUGACUCGGCGUGGAAUGGGGCCGCAUGCGCCUAUGGCGGCAUCUCGUCCUCCUCCUCUUCGCCCAAGACGAGGGAUGCUGGUGACAUUGCUGGAGGGCGCGUCGCGCGUCCGAUCCAGCGCCACCCUACGAAGAUCGGCAGGCGUGAGAUGUCCCAGCCUGUUAAUGUCAAGGCGAAGCAGGUCCUCAAGGCGAUUCCUUAG